AUGUCAUUCGUCGCUAUUGAUAUGGGUGGUAAACGACCACAUUUUAUACCGAUUUGGGUUUUGGUGUUAAUUGUGGCAACCGUCAUCGGGCUUUUCUUCGUUGGGCGAUCACCUUUAAUUAAUAUGCCAUCACCUUUAAUGAAAACUGAUGAAAAUUCAAAUUCCGAAAGAUUUAUAGCGGAAAAUGCCUUUGACCAUAUUGAACAUCUCUCGAAAAAUAUCGGACCAAGAUUUACUGGAACAAGAAAUAAUGAAGUGCUUACCGUGGAAUACAUUUUAAAAGUAGUUGAAACAAUUAAAGCUUCAAUGGAUAAAUCAUUAGACAUUGAAACAGAAGUUCAAAUAGGCGAUGGUGAAUUUUAUGAACUAUGGCAACAAUUUACAGCCAUAAAUGUUUACGAAAAUCUUCAAAAUGUGAUUGUAAAGUUGAUCCCGAAGCAAAAUGUCACUAACGACAAUUGGAUUUUAAUGAACUCGCACUUUGAUUCGGUGCCAAUGAGCCCGGGAGCUGGAGAUGAUGGUACCAUGGUAGGAAUAAUGUUGGAGAUGAUGAGAGUUUUGGCGAAAAAACCAACGAUGGAACAUACAUUGGUAUUUUUGUUCAACGGUUGUGAGGAAAAUUCAUUACAAGCCUCACAUAGUUUCAUUAAACAUUACAAAUACAUGGACAAAAUUAAGCUUCUGAUAAAUCUCGACGUAGCUGGACCCGGAGGCAAAGAGCUCCUCUUCCAAACAAGUCCCGAGCAUCCUUGGCUCAUGGAUGCCUACUUCAAUGCCAUCAAACAUCCCUUUGCCACAGUAAUUGCCGAGGAAAUAUACCAAAACGGCUUUAUCCCUUCAGAUACGGAUUUCUCCAACUUUCGAGAGUUUGUUGGCCCUAGAUUGCCAGCGUAUGAUCUUGCUCAUAUCAGAAAUGGAUUUGUGUAUCAUACAAAGCAUGAUGGUAUCGAAAACGUCGAUUUGGGAGCAUUGCAAAGUACAGGCGAUAAUUUGAUGGGUUUGCUCAAAGAACUUGACUCGAGAGAAGAACUUGAAAGAGAGUAUUCUGAAGAUGACGUGAAUAAGGUUGAAAAAUACGUUUUCUACGACUUUUUUGGUACAAUUUUGAUAUUUUACACAACGAGUGUUGGAAUGGGAAUCAAUAUCUCCGUCUUUUGUGUCUUGAUGAUUUUGAUUGCUUAUUCCAUGUAUCGGAUGCAUUUUUAUGAGCAAAUUAGUUAUCUGAAUGUCUUUUUGGAAUACCUGAUAGCUGUUGUGCUUCAAGUCUUGGGAAUUUGUCUUGGAUUGGCGAUAACUGUUUUUAUGGCUUGGUUCUUUAAUGCUGUUGACUAUCCGAUGACUUGGUACUCGAACUUUCAUCUACUCUUUGGGAUCUAUUUCCUGCAGUUUUUCCUUAUAAAUGCCAUGAUUACGAGUGGAUACUUGAAAUUUAGAAAGAAUAAACAUUUCAACAAAUUCUUCGUAAUUCAACUACAAAUGCACGCCUAUGCAACUAUCUUGGCAAUCCUUCUAUUGGUAACGACUGUGAUGAAGAUCAGAUCAGCCUUUAUCCUUAUGCCAACAUUGUUGUUCUAUUUAAUUUCAACUUUUUUCAAUGUAGUUGCCAAAUUAGACACAAAAAAUAACAAAUGGAUCUACUCACAUUUGAUCGGUCAAAUAAUUCCCAUCACAUUCUAUUUUUACUUGUUGGAUAUGUUCCUCAAUACAAUAGUUCCAACACUUGGUCGCCAAUACGACGGUAUAAAUAGCAAUCCUGACCUCAUGUUUGGACUAUUCUUUGCCAUAUUCGCCAUACUGACCUUGCAAUUUUUCGCUCCAACACUAUCACUAUUCAAAUACGGAAACUAUUGUAUCGCCGCAUUGCAACUGGUCUUUGUUACCUUUGUCAUAAUUCUGUUCACUCCCUUAUCAUUCCCUUACACGGAGGCAACUGCACCUCAGCGAUUUCACGUAUGGCAUGCACAAACAUUUCACUACGACUACAAUCAAAAAUUACGCAAGUCAGACAACGGGUUCUAUGUUUUUCCGCACGAUAGGAACGGCAUCAAGUUCAUCAAGGACACGGUUCCGCUAAUAAAAAGUACUUCGCCUGCCGAUUAUGACAUGAAGGAAAAAUGCGAUACUGAAAUUUUGUGUGGCAUUCCGCAUUAUCAUGUUUACUAUACGGCUCAUGCUUAUCACAGUAUUUGGUUGAAAGCGAAUGACACACCGACUUUCAGCUCUGUUCCUGAAAUGACUCUCGAAAGCGUGGAACAUUUGAACUUAACUCGCGUCAAAUACAGAUUCCAAAUCGCAUCAGGUACGAGUCACAUGUCACUGCAUAUCUCGCCAUUACCGCAAGCCAAAAUCGUUAAAUGGAGUUUCACCUCUGAAAUGAAAGACAAUUACUCGUUCAAGUGGAACAACAGAGAUGUCUAUUUCAUUAAUUAUGUCAGAGGAUUGGAAACAGCGAACCCGUAUACGUUUACCAUUGAAGUCGAAAAACCAUUGAAUUGGAGAUUCCCAUACACAUUUGACAUUGCUCUGGCAUCGCAAUUUAUACAUCAACCCGAAACGCAUACAAAAGAGUUUGAGAGCUUCGUGGAAAGUUUUCCCAAAUGGACCACUUUGCAAUAUUUCACGAGUCGGUAUGUCGGAUACCAAUUCCAAUAA